UGUGCUUCAUCCACAUGCCCUUCCCGUAGGUGGCGCUAAUGCGCAUGUCAGUCGGUUUUCCAGUCGCCAUUAACGUCCGAAGAAAACGUAAAGAAACGGAAGAAGAAGGUUUAGAGGGAAAACAAUUCUGACCAAGAUGUAAGAACUUAUUUGCCGUGGUACGUAAGUUUGCUGGUAGCAAGCAUUAUCAUUGAAUUUGAUCUUUCAUCCGUUGCACUGUUUUGUGUGCACGCUUCAAAGACGAUGAGAAUUGCAUUGUGAAAAAUGUGACAAGAGGAGUGCUUAACUGAAGUCAUCGUUUGAAAGACUGCUCUUCAGGCAAUACUUUCUGAAUGUCCCAACAGCCAAGGAAGUCUCAGUGCUCCAGGACCUCAGGACAGCCUGGUUCACCUGACAAUUGGAACUCAAAUCAGGGUAGCCUUUGUGCAUCUUGAAAAAUCUGAAGUGACUUGUUGUCAAGAAAGCAGUGCACAAUCCCCCCAAAAUUCCAUGGAAUCCACUGUCUACAAAAAUCACAAUUGUGCACUGAAUUACAGCACCCCAAACCCAAGGAUUUUGCAUUUAGUUUGUAUAGCAGUGACGAUCAAACAAAAAGAAAUACUGGCUUGAGUUCAUCAGCACAUGUCCUUGUUUAACACAAAUGAAUAUCCUCUCUUGAGAACUUCAUAAGACAUCCUUCUGGCAAAAGUGGACAGCUUGUGGAAUUUUCCACUGAGACUUUAACUUCACAUUUCCUAAAAGUUUCUAAUAUACAAUGCUGGGCUGAAGCAAGGGCCGCUCCACUUCAUAGAGAGAUCCCAAAUGUUUUCUUUACAAGAUCAAUCUUCUUCUGUACAUGAGAACAAGGCCUCCACAUCAUCCCCAGUAAUUUGCAUCUCGCCCAAAGAGAAAUCUGCUCAUUUCAAAUCUUCCAAGACUGAACCUAAUGUCGAUGAUUUUUCAGAGGAAAAAUGUUCUGAGAAUCAGGAAGUGGGAAGUUCCCUCCCCCAAGUUUGUGGACAGAAGAAACAAAUCGUAGAUCAUUCAGAAGGAAAUGUUUCCACCCCUUCUCAGCAGCUCUCCCCUUCUUCUCUCAGGAAUCAGCCAGCCGAAGGUGAAGUCUUGGAAGCUAAAAAAACCAAAGGGAUGACAAAUGAUGAACUUAAUGACUAUAUCGAGGAGGAGGUUGCGUUAGUAUGGUUGAAUAUAAGAAUGGAGGAUUAUACCGAGCGGCAAAGAUUCAGCCCUGUUCUUACUGAGCAGUGCACUACUUCAACCGGACAAGAAGAUGAAGUGAAGGAAAGCAAAGGAACUGAGUUAUCUCCCACGCCUAAAGAGAAAUGUGAUACAUUUGCAUCAGAGAAACAUGUAGCAGAUUAUCAACAUGUCAUCUCGGAGGUUGCUCCCACUUACAUAAAUAAUGAAGCAGAGCAUCCAGUGAUUGUGUCAGCAGUUUCUGGAGUCACCGUGCCAGAAGAGACUGAGAAGUACCCAGGAUUAAUGGUCAGCUGCAGUUCCUCACAAGGAGAGCGGGAAAGACUCAAAGAAACCGAAGGCACUGGAGAUCAAGAUGAAAAUGUAAACAAACAAAAGAAGACUGAAGACCAAGAGUAUUACCAUGUUGAAUAUAAGGACGCAGCUGCACUUUCCAGCCUAGAUUCAAUAACUGUUAAAACUGACUAUACACAAUUAGUCUCUGUGGGGGAGCAAUCGGUGUGCAGCCAAACAAGUUAUUAUAAUGUGGAGAAGGAUGCAACUGGUGUGUGUCUACAAGCAGGUUUAAGCAUAUCUAUUCCUUUGAAUAAAGUCAACAAAAGCACCCCUCCAUCUAGACCUGAAGGUGUGGAUACAUUCUUUGCUGCAGGUAGAAAUGAUCCAGAAUAUCAACAGAGUUCAGUCACUGAAGAAUUAUCAAAGCCGGGCAUGCAUCUUUUAAACACAAACCAAGAGGAAGUAAGGUUUGAGGAACCUUUAUAUGAAGAUAUAAGUGAAGAUGAGAAUCCAGAAGUUGAUAAAAAUGAUGAGGAGCUGCCUUCACCUUCAUGUGAAGUGUCUGAAGCCAGCAUUACGCAGUCUGGAGGUGUGCAGAGUCAGGCCAAGAUUCCAAAGAACCAAACACUUGGCAUAGCACAACAUUGCUCUUGUCCAUGUUUUGUUGAAACGGAGGAUGGGUUUGAACGUUUAUUAUGUCCUAAAUGUGACAGUGAGAAACAUUUAAAUUGGCAAGCAAGCUGCUCUUUGAGCCCCCUUUCUGAUGCACAAGACCAAGAGGAGACUGAUGAGGACGAUGAUUGGCUAGUUAUGCCUAUUAGCGUGUUAGAUGUUAAAUGGGAACCAGCAGAUGAAGGCCAGGCUGACCCAGAAACUGUUUCACAGCAUGAUGGUGAGCAUGAAGACCAGGUGAAACAAAGUGACCCAAAUCCAGCUGUCUGUGAGGUACCCAGAUCUGUUCCAAACCAUGUACCAGCUUCUGCUUUUUCUAUGAUGGAGGUUUUUGACACACCUUCUCAUCUAGCAAAAGUCAUACAAUCUAGAGAGACAAUGCAACAAUCCUUCAUGGUGCCUUCUUCCUGGGGCACAACUGAGACAAAAGCUCAUAGACCGCAAAAUAGGGAAUCACAUAGUGAUCCUGAUGACAGUUGUGAAACUGAAGAUAGUUCUGAUUACUCUUCUGAUUCAGGACGUAACUAUCUGACAGUGUCCAAACAGUUGUUAAAUAACCUGUCAGUGCCUGCAUCAGCAGAGAAAAAUGACUCUGAUUCUGAAAAAGAAAAUGAAGACCAUGAGAUGACAAAUUUACAACAAAGUCAAACGGGGGACAGAAGCAAGCCUUCAGAAAAGGAUGACAUCAUCAACCUUGAUUCUGACACAGAGGAUGAAGGUGUCCAAAGCUGUCCAGAGACAAAAACAAAGAGAUUGUUCUCUGUGUGCAUAGAGAACAGUGGAGCUGCCAGCCUUAAUCAACUGAAGAAACCUUCUCCUGAAACUGUUGAUGGUCAGUGCAGAACUGUGAAAGGAAACUGUCAAACCAAUGGACUUAAAUCUACAUUAUCCAGAUGUUGUAACAAAGUGAUCCAGAGUGGGAACUCUGACCUUUCACAAAGGACAGAAAAGUGUAAUAAUGCUGGAUCUCACCAUGGUAUAAAAGUGCAAAACAUUUCAGAUGACCCAAGUGUUAUAGUAAUAUUUGACAGUGAUGAUGAAGAAAAACAAAGCAACAGACAGGUAAAGAGGAAAGGUGUAUUCUCUGAGCCAGCGAGUGGAGGCAGUACUUCAUGUGGAGAACAAGUGAGGGAUAUUGAAAAGAAUAGAAGUCCUAAAGCAAACAACAGAGAGCCGAGUAUGCCUUGUGCAGAUUCACCAAAGUCACAGCAUCAGCCCAAACCUCAGCAAACACAGAUAAAAGAAAAGAAACAGGAUGUAACCUUUAGCCAAUCAAAUAGUAUAAAGAAGAGAAAACUGAUUAAAGUUAAAAUGACUCCUGAGCGUGUUCAACAAAACAACAACAAACAGACUACUUCAAAAAUCGUGGAACAACAUCGUGAUGAUGCACAAAAUAGUCUUUGUGCCAGCCAAAACACCCAAAUGAAUUUAUCAUCAAAGAAGCGCUCUGAGAGGCAGUCUGUGGACACGGAGGUAGACAUCACUAAAGCUCACCAUCACCACGUUCAACAAAAGGCGCAAAGGCAAACCUCAGAAACGGUGCAAAGAGAAGUAGAAAAACACCUUAACAAAGAGGAAAGAGAGACUAGAGUUCUCUCGUCAGAAACGGAGGACAGCGACGAUACCUUGAUUUAUAUACAAACCAGUCCACCGUUCAUGGACUGCCCACGCAAGAACCCCCAAUCUGCAGACAGGGGCAUGGGCUCCAUCUGCCAUCAGCAUGUUGAACAAAAGGCCAGUGGACAUAUGACAUCAAACACAAUGGACAGGAAGGUUGAACGAGACCUGAAGAAGCAGAGGAGAAAGACUGGAGUUAUCUCGUCUCAAACUGAGGACAGCGAUGAUACCUUAAUUUAUGCACAAGCUAGUCCAUCCUGUUCUGAUAGCGAGGAUGACUCCACUAUGACUCCUGUGAUUCCUCGCUUUGUUGUUCAGAAGUCUUCUCCGCCUAGUGAGUCCUUUAAACUUCUAAAACAGUCUACAGUCCAAAGGCGAGGCAAAAAUGAAUCCCAGGCGACUCCAGAGACCCAUACAGAAACCAGCAAGACUGACUCUAAAAAGAAGAAACAACAAGGGGCUGAAGGAAAGCUUGUAUCCAAACCAAAGCCUAUAAGUGACGCACACCAUACAGAACCAUUCUCUAGGUCUGCCCAUAGCUCAUCUAGUUCCAGGCAAUGCUCGUCCUCAUCCAAACUACAGCGAACUCACUCUGACAGAAACGCUUCAACAUUAAAUCGGUCUCGCACUCCUACAAAGGGCCCGCCAUCUUCCACAUCCAUGCAGUCAUCAGCAAAGGAACAAGUGUUCAGUGACUGGCGAAAAAGCUUUGUGCCAACCAGGAGAGACCGAAAGAGUAGUCUGGAGAGUAACCUGAGAGCAAGGAACAAUUACGAGUCGCUAAGGGAAGCCAGAGCUGGACCAAGUCAACGUGACAAGCCACACAAACGGAGACACAGCUCCUCUGAGUCUGUACCUCCUCUGAUGAAGAGGCCCAAGGAUGAAGCCAUACAGAUAACGAGGGCCAGACAUCAGGACGCUCCAUUAGAGCAAAGAUAUCCUGUGAGCAAAGGCUACAAGUGGAAGAAUGAAACAAGCUUCAUGGCCAACAAAAGUCAAAGCAAUGCAGUGUGUACACGUAUGACCAGGUUUUCUGAGGUGUGUCCUGUGUUUCACUGUGUGCAGACCAGGGGAAAGGUACAGCUCCUCUCCGAGACCUCACCACUGAAGGGGAAAAACGCUCUGCCAAAGAGGCUUUCUGUUGUUUUUGUUAUGACUUGUUCUGUGUUUGAUUUAAUAAAGCACUUGUGUAAAACAAAGUGACAUUACAUACAAAACUAUAAAAUGUUCAGCAUUUUAUGUGUUGUACUUGCUAUAUUAUAUACACUCAAAAAAUACAGGAACACUGAAGUCACACACCAGACAAUCUUGAAAAUUAAAGUUGGAAAUGGGAUGGAAACUAAAGUCAUCAACGUUUUGAUGGGUCCAUUCUCAUUCUAAGCAAAAACUGACUUGUUCACUUAUUUUCUGAGCAGUAUACAAACAUUAUUCUUUGUUUUCUUUGGAAACAGAAGUGCCUGUAUGAAAACCCAACAUGCAGCUGUUUACUGGUUUUGCUCUGAAUACUGUUCAUACUUGAAUCUUUGUAAAUAGUUUGUUGUAUUUUUGACCUAUUCAUUUAUAAGUUUUUUUUCUUACUCGGAAAAUUCUAUGCACCACUUAAAAUAGCUGUGUAUUUAAAAAAAAAAGCAACCUUAUUACAAGACGUAUUAAUAGAUUCUCAAUUGUUUGCCUUCUGAAUGUGUUUCACUGGAUUUUAAAUGCAGUAUUAUGCUCCCUCUGUUUAAGUGAUGUUCCCCAGUGCCUAUCUGAGUCCUAAACCCAUCAGAAGGUUUCAAACCGCUGACAGGUGAAAUGAAUAAAAGUUGUUACAAUGUUCUACUAGAAAAACA